ACUCGGACGGUUUGUUUGUUCAUCCUAUAAAGUAGUUUUUCCAAUCUACUCCAAAGAAUUGAAUACUCUAUAUUCCCAACCAAAACGAAAGUAACCGGUACACACAGCUCAACUGCAACAAGUGACAAAAUCCCUCCCAAUUUGAUCAUCUCUUCUUCUCCAUCUUUCUCUUUCCUCGACCACAUCGUCAUCCCUCUUCUCUCUACUUCUCCGCCCACCCUUUCCCCAUAUAACUCCCACUGUCUCCCACCAUUCUCACCACCAUCUUUUCCCUUUUUAGCCACCAUACUCACGGCGAGUGAAACGAUGCAAGCUCUUCUAUCCCCUACCCUCCGCCCGUCCCCCCUCGACCCCAUCCACCGCAAACCCCAUUCUCUCUCCUCUAUUUCCGGCCCCACAAAAUGUAAACCCCCCAGCAGAAUCGCCUUUGCUCCAAGAGCUUCCUCCCAGGUUGCUGUUGCGCCGAAGCGCGAAACGGACCCCAAAAAACGGGUUGUGAUUACUGGCAUGGGUCUUGUUUCUGUUUUUGGGAAUGACCCUGAUGUAUUUUACCAGAAACUUCUUGAUGGAGUUAGUGGGAUUGGUCCCAUUGAUCGGUUUGAUGCUUCAAAGUUUCCGACUCGCUUCGCCGGGCAGAUCCGUGAUUUCUCCUCUGAAGGGUAUAUUGAUGGGAAGAAUGACCGCCGUCUUGAUGAUUGUUUAAGGUAUUGCAUUGUUGCUGGAAAGAAAGCCCUUGAAUCUGCUGAUCUUGCUGGGGAUAGUCUCUCUAAGAUUGACAAAAUACGAGCAGGUGUGCUUGUGGGAACUGGGAUGGGUGGGCUCACCGUUUUUUCUGAUGGUGUCCAAGCUUUAAUUGAGAAAGGUCACAGAAGAAUAACUCCAUUUUUCAUUCCUUAUGCCAUAACUAACAUGGCUUCUGCAUUGCUCGCUAUUGAUCUCGGUUUGAUGGGGCCUAACUAUUCAAUCUCCACUGCCUGUGCCACCUCAAAUUAUUGCUUUUAUGCUGCUGCCAAUCAUAUCCGUCGUGGAGAAGCUGACCUAAUGAUUGCUGGUGGAACUGAAGCUGCAAUUCUUCCUAUUGGCUUGGGAGGUUUUGUUGCUUGUAGAGCUUUGUCACAGAGAAAUGAUGAUCCUCAGACAGCUUCAAGGCCAUGGGACCAAGCCAGGGAUGGCUUCGUAAUGGGUGAAGGAUCUGGUGUACUGGUAAUGGAGAGCUUGGAGCAUGCAAUGAAAAGAGGUGCGCCGAUUAUUGCCGAGUAUCUGGGAGGUGCAGUCAAUUGUGAUGCUUAUCACAUGACUGAUCCAAGAGCUGAUGGACUUGGUGUUUCUUCAUGCAUUGAGAGGAGUCUGGAAGAUGCUGGUGUAUCACCUGAAGAGGUCAAUUACAUAAAUGCUCAUGCUACUUCAACAAUUGUUGGUGACUUAGCUGAGGUGAAUGCGGUAAAGAAAGUGUUCAAAAACACAUCUGAGAUCAAGAUGAAUGCAACUAAGUCUAUGAUAGGGCAUUGUCUUGGUGCUGCUGGUGGUAUGGAAGCUAUUGCCACAGUAAAAGCUUGCACAACAGGGUGGCUACAUCCAACCAUAAAUCAAUUUAACCCAGAACCAUCAGUUGAGUUUAAUACAGUUCCAAAUGAAAAGCAACAGCAUGAAGUGAACGUUGCUAUUUCAAAUUCGUUUGGGUUUGGUGGUCACAAUUCAGUUGUGGUCUUCUCAGCCUUCAAGCCUUGAUUGUCUGCUUAAUGAAUCAAGGAGCUUCUUACAAUGUAUGCUUUGUAACUUUCGAGUUUCGAACAAUUGUAUUCUUCUCAUUCGUCUUCACCCAUAAUUGAGUUAGAAGGAAGCAGAGAUUUUCCUCCAUUUAUUCCUUUAAAAUAAUAGCCAGUUAAAUGUAGUAUAGAGAACUAGAAACUGUUCAUUUUUCUCUCUAUCCCCCCCCCCCCCCCCCAAGCUAGUUAAGUAUACAGCGGCUUCUUCGGUCCAUAUGUUGUGGACCAUUUGGUUGUAUGUUUAUGAGUCUUGUGUCCCUUGGAUCCUUGGUAGAUUAGAUGAUUAAAUUUUAAUUUAAGUGUCAAAUUGUGCAUUGAGGUGGAUCUAUAUUUUUUUCUAAUGUGAGGCAUAGUUUACUCGUUGGAUUA